AUGUAUUACGAAAAACUGGAAGAGUCUUGCUGGCGUACACAAUGCCCUUGGUCUCAUUAUCAUCAGACUGGAGAUAAAGUGAAAGCAAUUGAACAUUAUGAGAAAUCAAUUGAGUUGCAAUCUGAGACCGCCAUAGCUACUCUCGUACCACCGUACGCUAACUUGGCCAGUCUCUAUGACGAAGACGGUCAGUACGAACUGGCAGAUACGUAUCAAAUCAAGGCGCUGCAGAUUGUAUUGAGUAGUCCCAAUAGAGAUCAAAUGCAUCUUGCAAAUUGUUACAAUAAAUUUGGCGAAGCAUUUCGCGAAGAACGUCAGUUUGAGAAAGCGCUCCCGAUGUAUAAAGCAGCUCUAGCAAUCUGGCUGAAAUAUUUACCGGCUAAUCAUCCUAACAUUGCAACUGUAUACAAUAACAUUGCUACUCUUUAUUCUGACCAGGAGCAAUACGGUGAAGCCAUUUUUUACUAUAAUAAAACGCUUCAGUUACAAAUUAAUACUCUACCAGAGAAUCAUCCAGAAUUUGCUGUUACAUAUCAUAACCUGUCAAAAGCAUUCUUCCGACAAGAGAAGUUGAUUGAAGCUUUAGAGCAUAUAAGAAUGGCAUGCAAAAUAAACUCACUUGUUCUCCCAAUCGAUCAUCAUCGUGUGAUAGAGAGCCAACAGUGGCGUGAUGAACUGGAAGCUCAACAUAGUUAUUCAGAAGGAGACUACGCACGUGCCGAGGAAUUUUUGAAAAGAAGAGUCGAAGAUGAAGUUAAGUCACUUCCAGCCGAUCAUGAAGAUCUGAUACUACAUCGUUUUACUCUUGCCAGAGCACUCUAUUAUCAAGAGAAAUUGGAAGAAGCGUUAGAACAUAUGAAAAUUGCGUACACAAGUCGAUCUGCAACUCUCCCAGCUGAUCAUCAUACUGUCAUCCAAUAUCGUAAAUGGCUUCAAGGAAUUAAAGCGACAAUUAAAGAAUAUGAAGAAAAUACCGAUGUCGAGAAGACAAAUAGUUAG